AUGUUCGCAGGGGAAAAUAUUUGGGGGAGAUUUUUGUUGAUCAUGGAGAAACAAAGUAACUUAUCAAGAGCUGCAUUCGCCAGGCAACCAGCCCGGAUACUGUUGGUUGAUUUCUCCCAUCCUUUCUCUGCUGAGAUCUGCUAUGACCUCCACCAAGCCCUGGAACAUACCCUAGCCCUGGCCUGUAAUAUGUCUGGACCCGCUAGGAUUCCAUUCUUUGGACUGUUCGCUCUUGGUGCUCACUCGGAGAACCUAUUUCCACUGCAGCAUGUCAAAGGAAACUUCUCAAGACUCCAGAAUGCCCUUCAUGAGUUGAAAACCUUCGCCAUCUCACAGGAGAGCAACCUCCCACAAGCCUUACAGGAUACUGUUACGCAAUUCAAACGUCAGUCACAGACUUUGAGACAGACAACAAGUUUUAGUUGUCAAUUGGAAGUCAUCAUCAUAACCUGCAAGCAAGGAGGAGAAGUCUCUAAACAGCUCGAUCAAAUACUCACUGAAAUGGACCUGGAAAGUCUUAGGAAGAUUCUUGUUGUGAGUCUGGCAAGUUCUAGUCAUGACAGUCCAAUCAGCUCUAGUGCAUCCUCUGACAACCUCACCGGCAUACUGGAUGUAACAACUAUCGAGCCAGGAGAGCUAAGUUUCCAGUCAUUUUUCACCGGCUGGUUUCAUGACUGUGGAACUGACAGAGAACAGUUGCAUCUCUUGUUUCCAAACGGAGUAAUGUCCUCAGACAAGCUGGUGCUCAAGUGUGACUUACAAGAGAGAUUCAUCGACCCUGCAUUGCUACCCUUCAACGCACAGUUUCAGGUGAUGAUGAGUGGUCCACAACCCAAAACAUCUGUAUCAUCCAUGCAAGGAUCUACAGUAACACAAACCACCCCAGUCAGCAGACUACGGGUUAUGCAGAUGGUUAAACUCCAGGGAAUAUGCGACUCACUGAUGUUUGGUCAGCCGAUGAUUGCAAGGCCGACAGCAUGCUGGAAACUAGACUGGGAAGAACUAGAUUCAAAUCAACAGAACUUCCAUGCACUUUGCCAUCAUCUACAUCACAGGGAGAUGUGUCUCGUUACACGGCUAGAGCCCAAUGAAUUCCCCACGUACCCAAGCAGCUCGACUGUCCCUAAACCUAGGGGUCAUUUCAUCAUCUUGCCUUCGCCGUCAACGUCGCUUCUAAUCAGACCUGUAGCAGUCAACGAACUUAUGCUACCGGGGGACUAUCAAUUACCAUCAGAAACACCAGUUUCUGAUAGUCUUCAUCUAGUCGCACAAUACCUAGAUCAACUGGAAGUCCUGGAUAAGUACAACCCGUUACUGAAUCACUGCAACCUGACAUCAAGUUUGGUUGGAUUAAUGACCAAGACAUCGACGAGACAGCCAAGGAAACCGAAACAAACAGCCGCUGGGUCUUUUCAGCCUGCAUUUGACAGAGGAAGAGGAAGAAGAAGAGGAUCGACCCGUCCUCAUCAGUUCCAACCCGCAAGUAAUCUCCUCAACCAACCACUGCAAAAGAAAUUCUGUAGCCUUCCAAUGGAGACAGAUACAUGUGAUUUUGAAUUGUAAUCACCUCAAUUAACCAGUACAAGUAAUCUCAAUCUGCCACCACUAAAAGAAAAUCUGUAGCUUUCCAAUGAAGACAGAUACAGGAGAUUUUUCUGUUUGUUUUGAGCACUUUGAUAACUGGCUUACGUUUGGUUAUCAAAUUACUGAAUAUCAAACAAGGGUAAAGAAUGAGACUAGAGGAACAAUUUGAAGUAACUCACCCAAUCUCCACAUGCUAGUCCAAAAGAACUGAUCGAGUAGUGUGAGAUAGAUGCCGAUGUGCUUGUGAAAUCUUGAGGUAUGGUAUCCAAAAAAUAAUCCUAUGUGAAAAUGUCUUGAUGUGUGAAGACAGGCUAUAAGAAGAUAAAUCAGUGAUGUCCUGGUGAAAUGCAUCAAACAAAAACAUCCUCCCUAUGGGCAUCCUAUUGAUAUUGAGGUGCAUCUGGAGCUAAGGGGUAUGACGUCCAUAGUAUGUACAAAUAUACCAAUGGAGAGAUGGAAUCAUUGAAAAAACAAGAUAGCACCAUCAAGAGCUAAUGGAUACUCAUUGCGAGUCAAUGAAAUGUGUUGAACAAAGUACGCACAGCGCUUGGGAAACUAUAUCUCCUCUCAAUGACCCAAGUAAAAAUUCUUUACACAUGCAGUGAAGU